AUGGCGCGCACUUAUCGCAAGUCUCGACCGAAGAAGCGACAGGAUCCCGUCGGCAUCGACGAUACUACCGGUCAUACGCAAAACCGAUUGCGGCACCUAGAAACUGUGAUUGAGCAACUUAAUGAGCGUGUGAAAGCCGCUGAACACCACGGGGCUCGACUUCAGAGCCAAUUGCAGCAGCAAGAAGCGACGCCGAUCGACAGCACAUCACUCUCAGCCUUAGCUACUAGCGACCAUGGAGAUACAGACUUCGUUAACGACAGCCCUGUGUUGAUGUCUCUCCCUCCUUUAGAGGAUGUCCUACCUAUCGUCAAAGUCUUCCUGCACACCUUCAACACGGCACUACCGCUGUUCCAUGCCAACUCUCUUCUUUAUCUAAUUCACCAUUUUUACAAAGUUCGGUUGCCGCAGCGGGAUCCGGUAGUAUGGGCAGCGAUCAACGUGGUGCUGGCUCUCGCAUACCGAAGCGACUUGGUGGGCAGUCGCAAUACCAACCUCUCGGUCGAAUAUCUUAACAAAGCGGAUUCAGUGCUCUCAGCCGUUGUGCUGGGAGAUACCCAUUUGCUCAACAUACAGGUUCUUGUGGGCAUGGUGUUUUUACUUCAAGCCUCGCCAGACCUUACACACUCGCUGGUCUUGAUUGCUACAACGAUACGUCUUGCCCAUAAAAUUGGCCUGCAUGACCGCACCGCCUCUGCAUGUCUAGACGCCGUCGACGCUCGACAGCGCGCCUGCGUCUUCUGGAUGGCGUAUAUACUCGACAAAGACCUUAGCAUGCGCUCAAAACAGCCGUCAAUCCAGCUUGACGACGAUGUCGACCUCGACCUACCCAGCCCUGGAAUUGCUGAAUACCAAAUUAAGAAAGUGGGUGUUGCUGACAUCGGCAUCGAUCCUGGCGUUUUCACUACCGCGGACGGAAACGUAGAGAUGAACUACUUCGUGACUCGCAUUCAACUGGCUGUCAUUGAAGGUGGCGUGUAUGACUAUCUCUACUCCACGCGAUCAAGAAAUCGCAGCGCUGAGGAGAGAUCACAAGCGCUGAAGAGCAUUUUUCGUGCUCUAGAGACGUGGAAGGCAUCUAUACCGCUUGAAUUCGAUGCCCCAAUGGCCCCGAAAACGAUAUCUCCCACCAUGCUCCAGUUCCUUGCAGUAUUGCACUCGACCAGCCUGGCGUGUACAACUCUUUUGAAUCAAGCGAACGUUUGGAACACCCUGUGGAUGAGUAGUAUAUGGAAGUAUGCGACGGAAGGCAUUACGCCAGUACUGCCAUUCCAGUGGGAGGCCACAGUGGAUCAGGCGCGACAUCUGGCGGUUUUGAUUGGGGCUUUGCCUGUACAGAACCGAUGGAACUUUUGGUAA